GUGACCUCCCUCCGCUCCCCGCAGCCUGAAGCUGGCCGACAACCUGGACACGCUGAGCGCAGCCGCUGCCAAGCUGCGGGAGGACAUGGCCCCCUACUACAAGGAGGUGCGGGAGAUGUGGCUGAAGGACACGGAGUCCCUGCGCCAGGAGCUGACCAAGGACCUGGAGGAGGUGAAGGAGAAGAUCCGUCCCUUCCUGGACCAGUUCUCCACCAAGUGGACAGAGGAGCUGGAGCAGUACCGCCAGCGCCUGGCGCCCGUGGCCCAAGAGCUGAAGGAGCUCACCAAGCAGAAGGUGGAGCUGAUGCAGGAGAAGCUGACCCCGGUGGCCGAGGAGGUGCGGGACCGCCUGCGCGGGCACGUGGAGGAGCUGCGCAAGAACCUGGCGCCCUACAGCAGCGAGCUGCGGCAGAAGCUGAGCCAGAAGCUGGAGGAGAUCCGGGAGAAGGGCAUCCCCCAGGCCGCCGAGUACCAGGCCAAGGUGGUGGAGCAGCUCAGCAACCUGCGCGAGAAGGUGACGCCCCUGGUGCAGGACUUCAAGGAGCGCCUCACCCCCUACGCCGAGAACCUCAAGACCCGCUUCAUCGCCCUCCUGGACGACCUCCGCGUCUGUCCCAGCCCUUCCUCACCCCGCAGUGCACGCUCCUCCUCGCCGCCCCCCCAAGUGACGCCGCCACAGCCGUCUGCUUCAGCGCCACUUUAUUGCAAGAACCGCGACAGUGGGUAG